AUGGAUAGGGCCACUCAUAGAAAUGGAGCCCUUGGGAAGAUAAUGAGAGACCUUAAAAAAACCCUAGCUUCUUCUUCCAUGGCAACGCCGCCGGGGGCCAUCUCGGCCACCCUGGCCAAAUCUUUUGCAGACAUCCUCUCCUCAAAUUCCCCUGAUGCAGUCUCUUUCAAACCUCCUGAAAGAUACAAAGGUGUACCAGCCGUCUCCUUUUCGAAAGCUGAGAUUGAUCUCUUUGCUCAAAGAUACAAAUUUGCUUUAGUUGGUAAAUUCCCCCAAGGUCGCCCAUCCAUAGCAACCUUCCGAAAAGCUUUUGAAGCUAUUGGUUUUGGGGGAGUUUUCUCGAUUGGCCUCAUAGAUCAUAAACACCUUCUCCUUAACUUCGACCGAGAAGAAGACUUCCAAAGAUGCUGGCUACGAAAAUCCUGGAUGCUUAAUGGUUUCCUGAUGAAAGUCUUCAAAUGGUCGCCGGAUUUCCGACCAGAUGUGGAGUCUCCGAUCGUCCCUGUCUGGAUAGCUUUAGAAGGUCUCCCAGCUCAUCUCCUAGAUAAACGAGCUCUUUUCACUAUAGCAAAUCUGGUUGGUAAACCUCUCAAAAUCGAUUCGUCAACACUAACUCACAAUCGUCCCUCCGUAGCAAGAAUCUGCGUGGAACUGGAUGUUUCAAAAGAAAGACCAGAUGUAGUCUGGAUCAACAAUGGUGAAUAUGGGGGAUUUUACCAAUCAAUUACCUAUGAGUUCAUUCCAGAUUACUGCUUUGAUUGCAAAAAAUUUGGUCACUUGUCAGCUAUCUGCUUCCAUAAUAAACAGGAUCAGAUUCCUCAAAGCCAGUCAUCCCAGCCUCUUGUUUCUCGCCAACCUCCCCCUGUUGUGGCUCCUCCAAAAAAGCUUUGGAAAAAAGUAAUCCCUCCUAUCAUUCCUAAAGCUCCAGUGUUUGACAUCACCAACCCCCCUCAAUCUUCCUUGCAAGACCUCUCUGCUUCAGAAGAUCCUCAAGCGAGUCUGGUUGAAACUCCUUUAAGCAACCCACCUAUCUCCUCUCCCAAACACCUAGAAUCCAUCCCUCCUUUUAACCAUGCCUUGGACCCGGUUCUUAUUGAUGAUCAUUGUCCUCAACUUUCCCGAAAAUUCAAUUUAGAUAACUCUCAAGGCCAUAUGUCAGAUGGUAAAACUUCCCAGCAACCUUCUUUCAAUGAAGCUUUCGAGACCUUUCGACGAUUUCGUCCCAGUUUCAGGGAAGAAAAGGCGUCCCAGAAAAGACUACUCAAACUCUACACCUUCGGUUACAACUCGGUUGGCCGCUGGGACCCUUACGAGAGUUUCUUUCUCUCAUCGCUGGAAAUGAAGCUCAUGUUCUGGAAUGUCAGGGGUCUUCUCUCUUCACGUCGUAGACUCCGGAGAAUUGUGAGACGUGAAAAUCUUUCUCUUCUUGCUGUUUCUGAACCUCUUAUUUCACUUGAUCAAGCAGAUAUCUUGGCUCGAAGUCUUAAUUUUCACUCUUUUUUCUGUUCUACAAGAUGCAAAUUAUGGCUUUUUUGGCUGGACUCUUUUCAUCUUGAAGUUAUCACUGAUUCUGAUCAAUUUAUACAUUGCCGAUUAUGUUAUCUACCUUGGAACUUCUCUUUUGAUUUUGUUGCAGUUUAUGCUAAACACAGUAGAGGUGAAAGACAGUGCCUCUGGAACCAAUUAAGCAGUAUUCUCUCACUGCCUAACCCUGUUCUAAUAGGGGGAGAUUUCAAUGUCAUUGCUGAAAUUGCAGAAUACAAGGGCAAUGCAACACCAGAUUUGAAUUCUAUAGCAGACUUCUCAUCCUUUAUUUCAUCCCACUCUCUUUUUGAUCUACCCACACUUGGAGGUACAUAUACCUGGACGGGAGUGCGGUCUUCUGGUACCGUUUGGAAGAGACUAGAUCGAUUUCUUCUAAAUGCAGAUUUCAGAGAUUUUUUCUCGGGUGUCACAGGAGUCCUUCUUAACAGAACUACAUCAGAUCACUCACCGAUCAUCUUCUCAGGCUGUAAUGCCAACAUGUCGGCACCUAAACAAUUCAGAUUUCAGAAGAUGUGGACUACUCAUAAGAACUUUCUCGACCUGGUACAAGCAAACUGGCAGGAACCUCAUGAAGGAUAUGGUAUGAGAGCCCUUGCUUUCAAACUUAAAAGACUUAAGUCGAAACUACGAGAUUGGAAUCGAUCAACUUUUGGCAACAUAUUUGAUAAGGUCAAGAAAGCGGAAGAAACAGUCUCUGAAGCUCAGUCUCGUUUCGAUGAUGAACCAAACGAGACAAACAGAGAAACUCUCAAUCGUGAAAAAGCUCUCCUCCUACUUUCCUUAAAACAAGAGGAAAUGUUUUGGAAACAGAAAGCUCGAAUAAAAUGGCUUAGUGAAGGUGAUGCUAAUACAGCUUUCUUUCAUGCAACGGUGAAAGACCGAAUCAGAAAGCAACGCAUUUGUGGAGUUAGAAAUUCUGAAGGACUCAUCCUCACAGAACAACAAGAAAUCCAAAAUGAAGCAGUGAAAUAUUUUUCAGAAUUAUUUAAAGCAGAGGAUUGCUCAAAUAUUCAUGAUCUUCUGGAAUUUAUCCCACCGCUCCUUUCUGAGAAGGAAAAUCAAGCUCUAAGCUCAGUUGUCUCACCGGAAGAAAUAAAAACAGCAGUUUGGGACUUGGACCCAGACAGCACUCCUGGACCAGAUGGUUUCUCUGGAGCCUUCUUCCGUUGUUGCUGGGAUAUAAUCAAACAAGAUGUUCACAUAGCGGUGCUUGAUUUUUCUGCUGGAGUCCCAAUCCCCCAAGCAAUCGCAAGUGCACAAAUUGUGCUCAUCCCAAAAAAAUCAAAUCCUGAAACUUUUGCGGAUUUUAGGCCAAUAUCACUAUGCUCCUUUGUAAGCAAGAUUUUCACUCGCAUCAUAGCAACCCGGAUGCGCAACAUCCUUCCAUUUCUUAUAUCUCCAGAACAAGCUGGUUUUGUUAAAGGAAGGUCGAUUCAAGACAACAUUCUCCUGGCCAUGGAACUCUUACAAUCAAUUGAUAAAAGAUGUCGUGGUUGUAAUGUUGCAAUCAAGCUUGAUAUGAUGAAAGCAUUUGACCGUGUAGCUUGGCCUUUCCUGAAAGCUCUACUUCUCAAAUUUGGCUUCUCUACUUUUUUUGUCAACCUAAUCAUGCAAAACCUCACUGCCACGCGCUUCUCAGUUCUUGUCAACGGAGUGAGUAGCGGUUUCUUCCAACCAUCAAGAGGAGUUAAACAAGGUGACCCCCUAUCACCUUUGCUAUUCAUACUGACUUCAGAAGGACUCUCAAGAGCUUUAGUCAGGAAAGUUGGGACAGGUAUGAUUCAACCAUACAAGAACCCCUCAGCUGCUUGCCCGAUCAUUACUCAUCUUGCUUUUGCAGAUGAUAUUCUUAUUUUUGCAAGUGGAAGCCGAAAAUCCUUGCAGAAUAUAAAGGCUACACUUCAAGAAUAUGAGCAAGCAUCAGGACAGAAAAUCAACUUUUCCAAAAGUUUCUUUGUUACUUCAAAAUUUGCUUCCACAGCAAGAAUCAACACAAUCACUCGAGAGCUUGGUAUGCAUAGACACACUAUUCCUUUCAAAUAUCUUGGAGUCAAUUUGUUUAAAGGAAGAAAUAAAAGCUUUUACUACCAACAUAUCCUAGAUGGGAUUGACAAAAGAUUACUUGGCUGGCAGAGAAAACUUCUUUCUACAGGCGGAAGAAUCAUUUUGAUCAAACACGUCCUAUCAACAAUCCCUUUGUACUCACUGGCUUCGAUACAACUCCCUAAAGGAGUUAUCCAUUCUAUUGAGCAAAGGAUGGCAAACUUUUUCUGGGGUUCUAACCAAGGUCACAAUAAAAGGCAUUGGACUUCCUGGUCCAAACUUUGUUUUCCAGAAAAAGAGGGAGGCUUGGGUUUUAGAUCUUUACCGGCUUUGCAAUCCACUUUUGCUGCCAAACUUUGGUUUUCAUACUGCAAAGGAGGCACCAUAUGGAGUGACUACAUGAGAAUCCUGCAUCCAAACCCAAACAAACCUUCGAGUUAUUCUGACUCAAUAACUUGGCGACGAAUGAAAUCUGUGUCUUCUACAGUUGAGGAUAACAUCACUUUCUUAGAGGAUGAGUUGAUCUGGCAACCUUCUACCUUGGGAUCUUUCACCUUCGACACAGCUUACAACCUCUUCCGUCCAAGUAAGUGUGUCACUUUGUCUUAUUCAAAUAUUUGGUCAAAUUUAAUACCCAAAAAAAUCUCAGUCUUCCUUUGGAGAAUGCUUCAUCGUCAUCUUCCCUUUCCGGAUUGUAUUCAAAAAUUUGGUUUUCACCAACCUUCAGUUUGCCCUUUCUGUUGGAAUGAGAAUGCUUCUCUUGAACAUUGCAUGCGGAGUUGUUCAAGCAUUAUAGAAAUUUGGGUUUAUUUUGCAAACCUCUUCAAUGUCAAUCUUGGUCUUGCCACCUCAGUUCGAACAACAUGCCAUGUCUGGUGGCUAUCAGCAGAACCAGAAGACGGAUGGAGUAAUGUUUCAGCUACCAUUCGAAAAUUAAUGCCUUGCUUUAUUCUAUGGAAUGUAUGGAAGAAGUACAACACUCUGAUUUAUGAAGGAGGGCGCUACUCGCAGGACCGUAUUAUUUGGGAGAUUAAAAAUGAUUUCCUUGCCUUUUCGGUAACCCAUCCCUUUUGUUCCUCAAAAGCCUCCGACCAAAGAUUUAUUGAAGCCGGUCUCGUGACUUCUUUCACUAACCCGAGACCAAAGAAGACCCUUUGGAUUAAAUGGCAACACCCUCCCAUUGGACGCUUAAAGCUCAAUUCUGAUGCUUCCUUUUCAGCAAUCUCUUGUGGAGGAGAAGCGGAAGCUCUUGCUCUUGCCUUUGCUAUGAGAUGGUGUGAUCUGGCAGCUCGUAAACCAACUCUCAUUGAAGUGGACUCCUCAGUUCUUGUCCAUCUCAUUCUUAAUCACGAAGCUCCAAUCCCAUGGAAGAUUAGACAAUCAAUUUUCACCAUUCGACAAUUGCUCUCGUCAUGGUCAUCUUCAAUUGCUCACUCAUAUAGAGAAACAAACAAGGUUGCAGAUUCUUUAGCUUCUUUUGGUUGUAAUCUCCUUUCUCCAUCUGUUUUUUUCACCCCCAUCUCUUUACCUCCUUCUGUUAUCUCUUCUCUUUUGUAUGACUGGAGGGGUCUUUUGACCCCUAGAUUAUCCUCCUAA